UUCAUUUUGAAAACCAUGACAUAAUUUAAGGCAUCGAAGAAAAGCAAACUGCUCAAAUGAAAUAAUGUUCCACUCGCCCCGUCGUCCCGUCUUGCUCCGAGUUCAAAAAGAUAGUUUUACUAGUAUGGGUUAUAAGUUAUAACUGGAUAACAUCAACCUAGCCUAAGUGAUAACAAUGUUGACGUAUUGCAUAUGGAUUCAAAAGAUGAUCAGCAAUUACUUAUCUCCAUUGUGCAAUUGGAGAAAGGGAAAUCCACAUCCUCAUCCGGGAGAUUAAUUCAAUUGCUUUACGUUUUUGCUACCGUCAAAAGCAUAGUAAAAAUAACUGCUAACCCGGGAAUUCACUACAUGUUGUGAUUUUGUGGUGUUAUUGUGGUCGUUCAGUUUCUUGUUCUUUCAGAAUAAAGUAGGAAGAGAAAAUCAAUUUGCGGUUUCGGCUUGUUGCUUUCAACACGCCAGGAUAUGGUUUCCAAGUUCCAAAUCGGUUAAGGAUAAUGUUAAAUGUACACAGGAAAAGACGGUUUUUAGUAUUCAUAAAAGCAGAAAUCGCAGAAACUAGACGAACCACGCAAGAACUUUUGUUGCUCUGUUUAGAGGCCAAAUAAUGCUGUGCUCCCGAAGGUGAAAUCUUUUCCACCUUAGUAUUCCACGUCCGUCGCAAUCUAGUUUGAAAGAAAAGAAAUAAAAACUGGCAGUGUGCGAACGAAAGGAGAUCCGUAGAGACGCACACACAAUUUUCUUCCUUACAUAAUUUAUCUGUGGGAAAAUCCAUUCGGCAGCUAACUGCGAAAUCUGACUUGGAAAAUUUCAUUUCGCAACCAUUUUUGCCUGAAGUGAAACAACGGUUGGGAAUUGAGUGACUUGGAAUCCAGUGCAUUGUCAUCUCACAUUUUAUUUGAACAUUCAGUUUGACUCUUCCAUUUCAUCCGACAUUGUUUUAGAGUUGAUAUCAUGAGCUUGAAUAAUAUUGAUGCGAGUACAGGUCUAAACAAGUGUAAUUAGUACGACAAAAGUGAAAAUGUCUUCAAUUUACAUUCUGCUUGGAAUCGCAUUGUUAUCUUUAAUGAAUCUAGUGGAUGCAGAGAUUUCGACAGAUUGGAACACUGGCGACGGUGGAUUCAAAUGGCGGACCAACUGUGACUUUUACCAUGACGAUAUAGGGCAAUUGCCUCUUACGGCUGCUCUCGGAGAAGAGUGUGGUCGAUUUUGUAUUGCUAACCCGCAAUGCAGCCAUUUUGCAUAUGGUUAUGGACAGAAUUGUUACAUGAAGAAGGCGCCAUUGACGAAACCUCGUCAAGAUGUCGAUAAUGAGGGUAAAGACAUUUGUGGUUUCAUUCCCUGGAGAUUUGGAUCUGAAUCGGGGAAAGAUGACUGGAAAUCCAUCAACGGCAGUGGUACUCAAAACUGCGGUUUUUAUGGCAACAACAGUUUGAUUUUGACGACAGAGUGCCGACAGGCCAAAGAUUGCUCCUUUUGGUACCAACAGGUUCUUCAUACUAAUGGUUCAACAGCCUGUAAAUUAGCAGAUGGAAGUUCAGGAUCUUGUUGCCCGGAGAUCCCCAAGCUCACCGAGAUCUCUAAAGAAACCCAAUAUAUUAGAAUGAUUCCUGGUGGGGGUGAACGAAUAAUCGACGCGGGAACAACCCUCACGUUGACGUGCGUCUACGCCUUUGAAAACGAAAAUCAAAGGAACACUUUCAAUUUUUCGUGGGAAAUUCCAGAUUACUUAUCCAAAAAUGCGGAAUUGAGCGACUUGGACAACCGCCUUCGCAAAACUUUUGGAAGGAAUGAGACCCACAUGACAUCGACGUUGUCUCUGGCAAACACAAGAGCCAGAGACACUGGAAACUUCGGUUGCAGGGGUAUCCCUUACGGCUUUGAAAACACAUUUACAGUGAAUCAAUACGUCUAUGUAUUCAAUGAUACGGAACUUGUAAUAGUCGAGGCUAAUGAGUAUUACUUCGACAUUCCUCUCGGUGUUUCUAAUUACCCUAUCAAUUGCAAAUCAAACCAUCCGGAUGUCAACGUUUCUCUCAUCUACCAACAAAAAUAUACAGCAAGAGCUAAAAACUUGCCGGAACCAAAAAGCGAUUUGCUGUCAGAUCCAAAUUCAAAUUGGUCUUUCGAAAUAAGAAAUGGACUAAAACUCAAGAAAUCGAAGAUUGACGACAAUGGCAUUUUCAAUUGCAUUGGGACCUAUAAAAAUAAGAAACAUACAAGUGGUUUAUUUUUGUUUAUCGCUGGAAUGGAAUUGGCGAGAAUUGAUGGCGUAGGUGACCCUUUGGAAGGAAGUAACGUUACUUUAAGCUGUCGAACUUACCAAUAUGCUGCGUCCUCCACACCACCAAUAUGGUCCUACCAAAUCGACGGAAAAGGACAAAUGCAAAUUAUUGAUGAAAUCAAUCCACCUGAAGGUAUUGAAAUAACAAGCGAGAAAUUUGACUAUGGUGGUAAGGCACUUUACGAAAAUCAACUUUACAUUUUCGACAUAAGUCCAAAUGCCUAUACGUUUCAAUGCCAAGGAAGUGGAUUCACUGAAAAUAUUUCAUUUCGCGCUAAAGAAUUAAAUGGCGACUCAAUGCUUAACAAUGUUCAACUGGAAAAGGAUAUCGCCCAAAACUUAACUUGCUUCAAAGGAUCUCAGAAUACUCGCAUCAAAUGGUUUAAGGAUGGGGAAGAAUAUACAGGAAAAGUUUACUCCGAUAGCACCUUUUCAAUCUUGCCGCUGCAAGGGAAUAUAAAGGAAAAUGGACGUUACGCUUGUCAGUGGAAAGUCAAUUUUCCAGGUGAUGUGAAAUACAGGAAUUUCACGGUCUCUUACCUUGACAGAAUUCCAGAAAAUGACAAGACCGUCGUCAUCGCCGUUUUUACAACAUUUGCAGUUUUACUUUUGGUACUAAUUGUCAUCGUUGGAGUUAAAUUUUAUUACGACAAGAACCAACGAGUUUCACAGGAAGCGCUAAUUAAAUUGCUGAAUGGAAAUGCCAAUCAAAUUAAUGACCAGUCACCAAUUGAAGACCAGGUAGAGUUCCUUCCCUAUGAUAGACGCUGGGAAUUUCCAAGAAGUCGACUGAAACUCGGAGGCCAGCUUGGAGUUGGGUGCUUUGGUCGUGUAGUCAAAGCGGAAGCAGUGGGACUCAAAGAGUCUGAAGAAACUGUCAAAACAGUGGCCGUCAAAAUGGUCCGGUCGGAAGCCAACGUCACCGCAAUGGAAGCUCUUAUCAGUGAACUGAAAAUUCUCGUCUAUUUGGGAUCGCACCUCAACGUCGUCAAUCUGCUGGGAGCUUGCACCAAACAAAUACAUAAAGGAAAACUUUUAGUGAUCGUUGAAUAUUGUCGAUUUGGGAAUUUGCAAUCGUUUUUGAUUAACCACAGGACUAACUUUGUUAAUUUGGUGGACGAGUUUGGGAACCUGAAAACGCAAGACGAAUUAGAAAGCCAGUUCACCAGGUCAAAAUGGGAAGAAAACUCAUCGCAAGUCGAGACGAGCGAUUUGCAAGCUGACGAUCAUCCUGGCGUGAAUUCAUCCUCUGAAUUUUUAGACGUUUCAAGUAAAAGCACAUAUUCCAACCUACAAGAUCUGGACGGAAACUUAGAUCGGCCGAUGUCAACAACAGAUCUCAUAUCUUGGUCUUUUCAAAUAGCUCGAGGAAUGGACUACCUGGUUAGCAAAAAAGUCCUCCAUGGUGAUCUGGCCGCCCGAAAUAUUCUGCUCGCUGACGAUGGAAUAGCAAAAGUGGCCGACUUUGGAAUGGCGAAGAAAAUGUAUUACGAUGAAAAUUACGAAAAAGGCGGACAAGGUUUGAUGCCGGUGAAGUGGAUGGCGAUUGAAUCCUUGGUUGACCGUAUCUUUUCCAGCCAAUCCGACGUUUGGUCGUACGGAGUUGUCCUCUGGGAAAUCUUUUCUUUGGGCCGAGUUCCAUAUCCAGGUAUGGACGUCGGGCACAUACUCAUGAAAGAAAUUCUAAGAGGAUAUCGGAUGGACAAACCGGAACUGGCGCCCAACUUCUUCAGUGAAAUGAUGGCCGAUUGCUGGAAAUCGGAUCCGAAAGAGAGACCCACCUUCAGUCAAAUGGAGGAGAUUAUCUGCAGCCACAUGGAGUCGUCGGUCAGCUCGGACUAUUUUAAUAUGAACGCGUCAUAUGCCAAGCUCAACGAAGAAAAGGAGAACGCAACGCCAAUGGAUACUUUUGGAUUGGCCAAGUUGUUGAGAGAAAAUUCGGGAACUAAAUCGAAAAAAUACGCCACGCCACGAAAUUCAAUGUUUCCUAUGCGAUCUUCCAAAAAAAUUGCGGAUUCCGAUCUGUAGCCGGGCAAUGUGCUGCACCGAGUCCAGGCGGUAGUCCCAGUACAAUGUUUUUACCCAUUUGUAGUUUGUUAUGUCACCCCUACCCUUAUUUUCUUUUUGUCUAUUUUACUGUCUCUUCCUUUUAUUUGUUGCAUUAAAAAAAUGUUCGUGUUCACCAGAAUGACGAAUUGUGGAAUUGACGAUGUCACUUGUCAUCAGAUUUGAAAUAUGUAUAGAAAGUGACAUUUUUACCUUAAGAGUUUUGCGUAAAUCCUGUUCAAAGUGUGUUAAUCAGUGACUGGUUGGUUUAUAGGCAAGACAAAUUUGCAAAUGAGUAUUGGGUUACGAACCCCCCAAAAGGCUAGUUGAUUCCUUAUCCUGAGAGUUGGCCAUUACAACCGUUCUUCCUUCAUCGAUUCAUUGAAGCUGUCAGGUGUCAGAAUUUGGAUUAAAUGUGGGUAAAUUUGUUGUUUUUAGAUCGUUGAAAAAUUCUGAAGGGAAUAUGAGUUUGGACAAGCGACAAUAGAUCAAUAUUUUAAAAAUCUAAAAUCUUUACUAGUUCGAUGGCCGGGACGAUGGCCUACACCACAGUGACAACGGGAGCAACCAAGCGUGUCACGGUACUAUUUCUGUCGUCGCGUCUCCGUUUGUCGUUUUACCGCCAUCCUUAUAGCUUCCCUUUUCAUCAACUUUAUCCUGAAGGUAUCUAACAGAUAGUGAGGACUUAAAAAAGAGAGACAUCGAACAGCUCCCCAUCAGGCCAAAAGGCAGAGAUCUGAGGACAUGGCUGAAUUCAUAGUGGGUCCACCAUCUACUCCAUCAGCUCUGGAACAAAAGUUGCAGAAGGCAGAGACAGAAAUGAAAUACUUAUUUGUAUCUACAAGCACAUUGGCCUAAGGGGCACUUCGUGAAGACAAGCAAUCAAAGGUAAGAUAAAAUCUCUCAUAACUAUUCAUCUAAAUGGUAGAUAAACUCUUGGGGCCAUCGAAUCAAACAAUCAUGGAAAAUAGUCCAUCAACUUUUUUGUCAUCACUUCGACUUCUCUUGGCUCUUUUUUCAUUUUUUCGUAGAAGUUUGAUAAGAUUGUGGAUUCCUUGUCGAUAAAGUUGCCAACGAUGGUUUAGGGUUUGAUGUUUAUUUCGAUAUCUUGUUCGUUUGAUGAAUGCCGCCCUUCUGCUGCAACAGUCACACGAAAAAGAAUCAAAACUGAAAGCUCGCCCUGUGUCAUAGCACUUGUUCCAUGCAGUGCAACAGUAAAUCUUUCUAACAUUUCUUAGCUUGUUUUCUUUUGUCCCCUAUUUUGUAAAAAAUAAAGGGAUUAAAUACCUCCCAUGACGAGGUUGUUUGAAAAUAAAGAGGGUGGAUCUUAAUGGCUCGCCUUCGGUUUCAUCAGCAACCAUUUUCGGGGAAAUAUAUCAACUUGGGUGGCGAGCAAACGUUGGGCAAAGGACAACGUCGAUUUUCAGAAUCGGAGUAGGACAACGUCAAGUUUGCAAAAACAACGUUCCGACAGAAAUGCGACAAUGUAUCGACAGUCUUCCACUUGUUUUUGUUCUGUUGAGUUAAAUUUUUUUCUUCUAUUCUAUUUGCAAUCCCAAUUAUAUUGGUGUUCCUUAUUGAUUAAUCAUUAGUUAUUAUGGCUGCUCCUAGUGUGACCGAUCUCUUUUGCAAAGCCGUCAGCAAAGGUUCGUUAGAUGAAUUAAACGUGUUAUACCGAAAACACGGACCGGAGGGAAUCGUGGCCAAUUUGAUGGAAACUCCCUGCAACAAACAAGGCGAUACGUGUCUUAAAGUGGCUGUUGAAAACGAAUUUUACGACGUGCUCGAGUUCUUGGUGCACCAGCUGAAAAAGCACAUAAUGUGCUGUACAUGGAAAAGCUCUAUUGAAAAUGUAAGUCUUUUUUCAUGGGAAACGUUUAAAUUGAUAGAAGUCACAGAGCCGUUUGUACUAUCGCCCGAUAUUGCCAUCAUUCGUGAUAUUUGCCAUCAAAUGCCAAUUACCAAAUUGAUAGAAUAUCUCGUUGAUGUGACGAAUGACGAGCCUCUAUGGUUAGAGUUCGUCUUAAACUCAAUAAUGGCAAGUUCAGUCCCUCGGCCGGAUAAAAUUAUUGCGCUUGAAUGUAUGGGAAUCGCCUUCAUCUUCAAACAAACGUGUUACAAUAUUGGUUGGAAAACUCAGUUCAACGAAUUUAUAUUUUGGCGUGGACUACGUUGUUGGAAAGAGGCUUUGAUCCUGCGAAAUGCGACGGCAGAUGGUGACCCAGCUAUACCCAAAGUUCCCAUCGAAUUGUCUGAAAUUUUACGCAAUGCGUUGGGGGACAUAGCCGAAUUCAAAACAGUAGAAGAACUGGAGCAAUUGGAACAACAGUGGUCCUUACGUAGAGAAUUCGAAGAGUGGCAAAGAUUACGCCAGUCCCUCGAAGCUCAAGCUCUUCUCGUCGGGCAUCGGAUCUUUACUCAGCAAAAAUCUUUACUCAGCACCGGCAUGAAUUCAUUUCACCUGGAAAAUUUUGUAUUAUUUUUCAAACACAUUCGCGACAGCGAAUGGAUGUUAAAGCAAUACCGUGUUCGCAAGUUCAACAUUUGUCUAAUCAUCCUGGAUCUGUCUUACGGGUUCAGGUUCAAUUUAACUUCUCCGCACAAAUACAUUGAGCAUUUUGAUGCAGCAA